AUGGAGCUCCGCAUUAACGGGCUGGACUGCCAACAAGCCGUGGAACAGCUCGGCACCUCCAUCUGUUACACUCAGGAGUAUACCUCCAGACUCUGCUGUGAGGUGUGUAGACCCAGGAAACAACCUACCAGAACUGGCUGCGAAUAUGGGGAUCAUUCUCAACAAUGCUCCAAUAUCAGCCCUGGUGACUGUUACGAUGUGAGGAACCGUCAGAUUUGCUGUGACACCUGCGAUAAACUCAGGAAAAGAGAUGCAGCAAUCGGAUGUGAGUACGGAGACAUGAGCGUCAGGUGCGACGCCGUGCGCCAGAACCCUGGCCUUUGUUACCGGCCGGAAAACCAGAGGAUCUGCUGUGAGUCGUGCAGCCAGAGCCGAAAUGUGUCGAAUCCAGCAUGCCCGUGGGGUAACUUUGAUCAAAACCUGUGCCAGAUGUUUGACGACCAAACACACAAUGUCAGGGUCAACUGCUACUCUCACCAAAAGAGGCGUCUUUGCUGUCAGACUUGUGAAAGACUGAAAGACUGGCUCCCACACAAUUUGCCUGAUGAUUGCCAGUACGGAGACAGACCAGUGAUUUUCUCCACCAGUCAUUAUGGGAGGCUGAACUGUUCCACGAUUCUCAAUUAUUUCAGUGUCGAUGAGUGCAGUACCAACCCCGCUGUGUAUGUGAACUGUUGCUACACGUGUCAUAGACAUCUGCAAGGGCGAGGAUGA